AUGAAACUCGGUAGGUUAGAAGAAGCCGAAAAAGUUUACCGCCAGCUUAUUGAUCGAAAUCCUGAAAAUAUCGAUUAUUACGAUAAGCUCGAAAGCUGCAUUGGAUUAGGUGAAAGUGCGCAAACUUUGGUUUGCUUUCAACUCAUGCAAGCACCUAUCGAAAAUAACAGGAGUCGUGCUCCCAUUGCUGAUCGCAUAGCAAUGUAUGAUUACUUUGCUGACCGCUACAAGCGUGCUGCUGCACCUCGACGACAACCGCUGUACUUGUUAGAAGGACCGGAACUAGCUCACCGUCUUGAUGAAUGGAUCGUGAAGGGAUUGCGGAAAGGUGUUCCCAGUCUUUUUAAAAAUCUAGUCCCUUUGUACAACAACCCAAGCAAGGUUAGCAUUAUCGAACAGUUACUGUUAGACUAUGUAAAACAUGUGGAGACGAACGGAUAUCGUGGAGGGUCGCUUCAUGGAGACGGUGAUGAAAUGGAAUCUCCGACUUCUGCGCUGUGGUUGUAUCUACUCGUCGCUCAGCACUUUGAUCGGGUUGGAAAUAUUCCAGUGGCGAUGAAAUAUGUUGAAUCUGCUUAUGCGCACACACCUACUCUCAUUGAGACGUUAAUGGUGAAGGCAAAAAUUUAUAAGCAUGCCGGAGAUUAUACCGAGGCGGCUAGGCUAAUGGAUGAGGCACAGUCUUUGGAUACUGCUGACCGUUACAUUAAUAGCAAAGCUGCUAAGUAUCUGCUUCGUGCUGGACAGAUGGAACGUGCGGAGAAAAUGUGCGGCAAAUUUACUAGA